UCCCUUCCGGUAACAGUUUGUAGCCUACCAGAAGAUGACACACUGGAUUAUCGUUUUUUAUCAUGAUAACGUUAACGUUUUGCAAGCGUACUGACAUCUGUGGGGUAAAAUAAUAUUUCUUUUAAUAUGACAGGAAGGGCAUGGUUAUCCAUCUUGGUGUUGAUGGUGGAUAGUCUGUCUUUUUGUAUAAAUGAGCCCACGGCAGAAAAUAAGGCACCCAGGGGCACCUGUUCAAAGGCUGUGGAUGGUGUACAUUGUGAUGAAAAUGUAGUUGUUGGUGAACCAGGGCAACUUGAGUUGACAAGGCUUGAUGGUGUUGAGGAGGGGUAUGUAACAUCCUUGGACAUAGAACCAGGAAGAUCAUUGCAGUUGAAGACUCUUAGUAUGAAGCCACUGGUAUUUGAAAUUGUGGACUUCCUGACAACAAGUGAAAGUGACCAUUUCAUAGCCCUUGCUAACAACAUAGGUUUGCAAACCAGCAAAACUCACAGUGACCGAGCCAAUAAAAACUCGUUCACUUUAUUUGACCAGGAUGGAAACAGGAGACUUAGCCUAGAUGAGAUGAAGCUAACCAUAGAAAAUAGUUUUGAUGUUUAUCUAGACCAUGAAGAUAUAAGAAAAAUGUACACGGACUUAGACAUGGACCAAGAUCAUGACAAUGAAAUCACACCAGAUGAGAUCCAGAAAACAAGCCCAGCAGAUAUGGGGGAAUAUCUUCAGAAAAAAAUGAUACAGUACCCAGAGAAGAAGUCCCGCUUUAGUGAACAAGUGUGGUUAAGGCCGGAUUUUUCAACAGAUGAAGUUUUCCAGCAUGUGCAAUUGAGAGUUCAAAAGUUAACAAAGCUUCCUGAAACCUUGAUAAAGAGGAGUCAUGUACAGGUUGUCAAGUAUGGUUUGAAGGGACACUAUAAUGCCCACUUAGACUCCACUCCAUUGAAUACCAAGGUUCCUUGCUGUACAGAAACCACUAGGUGGAAGGGGAAUUGCAGAAUAUGCAGGUAUAUGACAAUCUUAUUUUAUCUCAGUGAUGUUGAAGAAGGAGGAGAAACCGCAUUUCCAGUGGCAGGAAAUAUAACAUUAGAUGAAGAGGUAUUAAGAUCAUCAGGAAACAUCAAUCUAUUUAGAUCUUGCCACAAAGCAAAUUUCAAAGUUCCUCCCAAGAAGGGCAAAGCUGUUAUCUGGUAUAAUCAUUUCAUAAAUCCUAAGACUGACUGGUUGGGUGAGGUGGACAGAUUUACAUGGCAUGGUGGAUGCCCUGUGGUGAAAGGUGAAAAGUGGAUUGCAAACUUCUGGAUCAGAGUGAUGGACACGAAAGAGGAAACUGAGAAAGGGUUCUGACUGGAAGAUAGAAAAACUUGACACUUUUCACUUGUCUGAGAAUCUGAAAGCUUGUGGGUUGGUCACAUUAUUUAUCUAUGCAACAUUAUUUUGUAUGCAAGUAGACAAUGUGAUGAAUACAUUAAUUUUUAUAAAUGGUAUGAAUACCCAUGUUUGUCCAUGGUAUCCCACUACCAUUGCUCUUGCCACAUUUGUUUUCAAAUUUAGGGGGAGCUUUUGUUUGUUAAAAAAUCAGGUCAAAUUAAAAAAGCAACCUAAAUGAAAAAUUAUACAUUGUAGUUUUUGGUCAGUUUUUCAUAUUUUUGCAUCCUUUGCCCAAUAAUUACCAAAAUGUAUUUAUUCUGAAUAAAUAUGUACUAAAUUUUAAUAAUGUUUUAAAAGAAUGUUUUCCUUUAAAGUUCCAACAUACAACUGCAUUGAUUUUCAUUUAAUAAAGAUUUUAAUAAUGCUUAUUCUUAUGAAAAAUAUUUUACAGCUAUGAAUCUGAUCUUUUAAGAUAUCUGAGUAUUACAGGUUGAACUAUGAUUACUAGGUAAUAAUGUUUUCCGAUCAAUAACAAAAAUCAUUGAAGUAUCAUUUUUUAUUUUGUUUCUUCACUGUUUUUUCUCUACAGAGGUAUCUGUAGUAUUUAUCAUGCGGUUGUGUUACAGAUGAAGUUGAUCAAAUAAAUCACUUUAGGCAAAA